AGUUAAAUUUAACCACGCCCCUACAGCUAGGGGCAUAAUUAUUUUUGGUGAAUGGUGGUUCCAUUUCAUGCAUUUUCCAGUCUCUUGCAAGGUUUGAGCUAUUAUGGCAGAAGGCAGUGAAGCAACUGCAAGAACUACGUCAGUGAAAGCUAAAGGAUUCUUCAAGCGAGCCCCAACUGUCGUUGGAAUCAAUCUCACCACCUCUGAAGCAGAUAGACUCAGGACAGACAAGGAGAGAGUCAACAAUUGGAAGAGAUGGGGACCAUACCUAUCUGAGAGACAGUGGGCAACUGUACGUGAAGACUACUCACCUGAUGGAUCCUGCUGGGAUUAUUUCCCUCAUGAUCAUGCUAGAUCCCGCUCAUAUCGCUGGGGUGAGGACGGACUUCUAGGCAUCACUGAUAGACAGUGCAGACUCUGUUUCGCUCUAUCACUUUGGAAUGAGAAAGACUCAAUACUGAAAGAGAGGUUAUUUGGUUUGACAGGUCCAGAGGGCAAUCACGGCGAGGACUGCAAGGAGUGUUACUAUUAUCUUGACUCGACUCCUUCUCAUUCUUACAUGAAAGCACUCUACAAGUACCCACAGGCAGAGUAUCCUUACGCAAAACUAGUUGAAGAGAACCGAAAGCGCUCGAACCAGGAGCUAGAGUACGAGCUUGAAGACACUGGAGUUUUUGAUGAGAGCCGCUAUUGGGAUGUGUUUGCCGAGUAUGCCAAAGCCGGUCCAAAUGAUGUCCUUAUAAAAAUAAAAGUGUGUAACCGGGGACCAGAGGAGAGUACCUUGCACCUGUUACCGACUCUUUGGUAUCGUAAUACCUGGAUAUGGGGCUGUGAACAUGAGGGCUGUACCCGUAAAGCAUUGCUAAAGAAGGUUGAUGGUAGCCAUGUUGUUGGUAGUCACGAGACACUUGGUAAGAGUCACUGGUUUGUUGGUCCUGAUCCUAAUGGUGAAACACCUCCUCUACUUUGGACUGAGAAUGAGACUAAUAUGAAGAAACUCUAUGGGAUCGAUCACUAUACAAUAUAUUAUAAAGAUGCUUUUAACAGAUAUGUCAUUAACAAUGAAAAGGAUGCAGUGACCCCUGAUAAUAGGGGCACUAAAGUUGCUGCCUAUUACGUACUGAAAGUCCCUCCUGGUGGAGAAGCAGUCGUGAAGCUAAGACUCUGCGAUGAGGAAAGCAUCCCCAAGGAAGAUCCCUUUGGGGACUCGUUUGAUAAAGAAUUUGCUAAUCGAAUCGAAGAAGCUGAUGAAUUUUAUGACGGAAUAAUGCCUCACUCUUUCAGUAAAGAACAGAAGCAAAUAGCCAGACAAGGAUAUGCUGGUUUGCUAUGGAGCAAGCAGUUCUAUCAUUACAUUGUGGAUGCUUGGCUUAAUGGCGACCCUGAUGCUCCCACUCCUCCCCGCGAGAGACUAGAGGGACGCAACAAGGAAUGGAUGCACUUGUUUAACAGGGACAUUGUAUCAAUGCCGGAUAAAUGGGAAUAUCCGUGGUAUGCCUCAUGGGAUUUAGCAUUUCACAUGAUACCCUUUGCUAAGAUUGAUCCCGAGUUUGCUAAAGAGCAGCUUAUACUGUUCCUCAGGGAGUGGUACAUGGCACCCAAUGGGCAGAUACCUGCUUACGAGUUCCAGUUCUCUGAUGUCAACCCUCCGGUCCAUGCAUGGGCUGUCUGGAGAGUCUACAAGAUGACUGCCCCCAAAGGAGAGAGAGACAUUAAGUUUCUAGCAAGAGCAUUUCAGAAAUUGAUACUUAAUUUUAAUUGGUGGGUCAAUCGUAAAGAUCCCUCAGGAAAGAAUGUUUUCUCUGGAGGAUUUCUGGGCCUUGAUAACAUUGGGAUAUUCGAUCGUUCAAAGCCGCUACCCACAGGAGGUGAGCUGGAGCAGGCUGAUGGCACGGCCUGGAUGGCAUUCUUUUGUGUGGUCAUGUUGGACAUUGCCCUUGAGUUAGCUUUCCACGACGACGUGUACGAGGACAUGGCAUCAAAGUUUUUCGAGCAUUUUGUCCUCAUUGUUGAUGCAAUGAAUAAGAUAGGAGCUUGUGAGGGCCAGGGCCUCUGGGAUGAGAAGGAUGGAUUCUAUUAUGAUUUCCUGAGAUUAGAUGGUACUAGUAUGCCCAUGCGUGUACGAUCAAUGGUGGGUCUCAUUCCUCUCUUUGCUUGUCUUGUACUGGAGGAUGAAGUGAUUCAGAAACUCCCCGGCUUUAGGAAGAGACUCAAAUGGUUUCUAGACAAUCGUAAAGACCUUGCCAAGCAAAUAUCUUAUCUUGAUUCACUGAAGGACAAUCAGUUCUGUCAUUUGCUGGCUAUACCAUCUAAGGAGAGGCUCCAGAGAGUCCUCCAUUACAUGUUGGAUGAGAACGAGUUCCUUUCGUCUUAUGGCAUACGCUCACUGUCUAAAGUUCAUGACAAGGAGCCUUUCUUCAUGGAGGUCCAGGGUGAGAAGCAUGAAGUUAGUUAUGUUCCUGCUGAGAGCAACACUUUCCUAUUUGGAGGAAACAGCAACUGGAGAGGACCUAUCUGGCUUUGUGUUAAUUUUCUUAUUAUUGAGUCUCUGGAGAGAUAUUACUAUUUCUAUGGUGAGGAUUUCAAAGUUGAGAACCCUGUUGGUUCUGGCGUGUACAUGAACCUCCUGCAAGUCAGUAAGGACCUUUGCCAGAGAGUCUGCUCUAUUUUUGAACCUGAUGAGAACGGGCGUCGGCCCUGCCAUGGGAACGACCCACGCUACUCCUCCGAUCCAAACUGGAAGGAUCUUGUACUAUUUUAUGAAUAUUUUGACGGAGACACAGGCAGGGGAUGUGGAGCAAGUCAUCAGACAGGAUGGACAGCACUUGUCAUGAGGUGCAUGGACAAAUUAGCUGCUGAAGAAGGCAGACAAUAAUAUUUUUAUUCAUUAUAUUUUUACAAUAAUCAGUAGAGAGAGAGAGAAAUGACACUUCAUUAGAAAUAUAUAAUUAUAGUGUGCAGAA